AUGGCUCGUCCGAUGGAGAAGAUUAUUGACAUCAACGACACCAAGGAGUUGUGGAAGGUGGCGGUCAGAGUUGCCCACAAAUGGAAGGUAGUAUCCAACAACAAGGAGCACUUUGAGAUGAUCUUUCAAGACAAAGAGUUAGCUAACAUCUACCAUGUUUUUUGUGUUGUUGAUAGUUUUUGUGAACUUUUUGCCUAUGUGAUUCAUGCUGUUGAUGGGUGUGACAUUCACGUGAUUGUUCCAACUGCAUGCAUGGCCGCAUACAAUGAGAAGUUUGAGGUGGACCAUACGUAUACCGUGUCAAAUUUUGCAGUGCAGCCAAAUAACUUACUUUUCGAACCAUGCUCCCACAAGUUCUCUGUGAAAUUUACUGGAGGAGCUGCUGUUGGUGAUGUUGACAAACACGACAUACCCCCAAAACCACGCACUUUCACCAGUUUCCCCGACAUCAUAAGCGGCAACUUUCAGAAGAAUGUGCUCAUUGCCCCAUUGUAUGUCUGCAGCAACAACACCAUCAAUUGCACCCUUUGGGAGGACUACGCCAAAGCGUUUUUUAAGUUUAACGAGGAGAAACCUGCGACAUGUGACCCGACCGUUAUUUUGCUUCAGUAUGCAAAAGUUAAAGAAGCUGGCCAAUACCCACUUUUCCCAAAGGAUUCACUGCGUAUUGUUUCCACACAACUAACCUCUCAGUCUCAACAAUACUCCCGCACUUCGACAAAUGAAAAUGUUGGAAAUAGUCGUGCUCAAAAGUUGCUUAACGGGGCUGUUUCUAAACCACUCAGUCAGAUGAAAACAUUCCGCGAGAUUACUUUCUGUGCUACAUAUGCAAAAACGAGAAAACUUAUUGCCUCGUCCUACGGAUGGUACUACCAGUGCUGUCAUGAAUGCACUAAAUCUGUUCGCGGUGACAAACCUCCCUACAAAUGUGAUAAUGGACAUUUUACUGAGGCGGAAAUCUAUAAGUAA